UGAAGGUUUCCUUCCAGGGUUCCAUCAAGGCCAGAUGAUCCAGAUGCAAGUAGCUGCAGGCUCCGUCCUUGCACCCACUGGCUCCAGGACGGCACUGGCAGCAGGGCCUGGCCAUGGCCCCUCACCCCACCACCGUCCUGGGCCUCGUGCUCUGUCUGGGCCAGAUGAUUCACAUGCAAAAUGGGCUCCUGCCCAGACCCUCCAUCAGAGCCCAGCCAGGCCCUGUGGUCCCCCGGGGGCGGCCUGUGACCAUCCUGUGCCUGGGCCCUGCUGGGGCUGACCUAUUCCGCCUGAAGCAGAAGGAGAAUAUUUUUGACUUCACGGAUCAGAAAAUCACAUCUCAACACGGAUCACCGGGAGCGGAGGCCCGAUUCCCCAUCCGCGCAGUGAGUGAUGUCACUGCUGGGCCUUAUCGCUGUGUCUAUAAGAAAGGGUCUCGCUGGUCUGAGUUCAGUGAGGCCUUGGAACUGGUGCUGACAGGAGGCCCCGGUGAAGUCACUCCCCUGCCCACAGAAGUGGGCUCCCAGACAGCUCCUGCCUCCCGGAAUUACAUGGCGGGGAACUGUAUCCAUAUCGGCCUGGCCGGUGUGGUCUUGCUGAUCCUGGUGGCGAUUCUGGCAGAAGCUGGGCACAGCCAGCACACGUCCCCACACAGAACUCAGGAGGACGCCCACCAGAAAGAUUAGACCCCAGCGUCCCAGGAGGGACCU